AUGGGUUUAUGCCAAAGUCAAGAAGCUCAAGAGCAACUUGCUCGAAACAAAGCAAUUGAAAGACAACUCAAUCAAGAUAAACGAACUGGAUCAUCUAUUGUAAAGUUACUUUUAUUAGGUGCUGGCGAGUGUGGGAAAUCAACAGUUUUGAAGCAAAUGCAAAUUCUUCACAAUAAUGGUUUUACUGAAGAUGAAAUCAAUGAGCGUAAAGCAGUAGUGUACAAUAAUACAGUAACAUCAAUGUGUGCAAUGUUAAGAGCAAUGGAUAAUAUUCUUCAUCUUCCUCUGAAAGAUUCUAAUAAAGAAGUGGAAAAAAGAAGGAUUUAUGAAGUUGUUGAAGCUGGCGAUGAAUCUGAACCAUUUACAGAUGAAAUUGCAAACGCACUUAUAUCGUUGUGGUCUGAUGAAAAUGUUAGGAAAGCAUAUGAAAUGCGCAGUGAAUAUCAACUUAAUGAUUCUGCAAAAUACUUUUUGGAUUCAGUAGCUCGCAUACAUGAACCUGGUUAUCGACCUACGGAACAAGAUAUUUUAUUUAGUCGUGUUGCAACAACUGGUGUUGUAGAAGUAAAAUUUAAAAUCAAAGAACUUGAUUUUAGAGUAUUUGAUGUCGGUGGGCAACGAUCAGAACGUCGAAAGUGGAUUCAUUGUUUUGAUAAUGUAGAAUCAAUUAUUUUUAUUACGGCUGCUAGCGAAUACGAUCAAGUACUUUUUGAAGACGAAACUACGAAUCGUAUGAUCGAAUCAAUGCAAUUAUUUUCAUCCAUUUGCAACAGUACAUGGUUCCUCUCAACUGCAAUGAUUUUAUUUUUAAAUAAAAAAGAUUUAUUCGCAGAAAAAAUUCGACGUGUCAAUAUUACUACUGCUUUUCCUGAAUAUGAAGGUGGCCAAAAUUAUGAAGAAGCGAUGAAUUAUAUUAAAGUAAAAUUUAGUGAACUGAAUUUAAAUUCAGAUAAGAAAACAAUUUAUAUGCAUGAAACAUGUGCAACAGAUACUAAUCAGGUACAACUGGUUAUAUCAAGUGUUAUUGAUACCAUUAUACAAAAAAAUCUGCAAAAAGCAGGAAUGAUGUGA